AAAGGGAACCAGCAGCGGCCUAGUGGUGAGGCCACCGGUGUUAGCGGUUCUGAGGCGUGGGGAGCAAGCGGGAGAGCCCGUGAGCAUCGGGCCCUUGUCCCUGCUCCUCUUUAUCCUUAGGGUUCGGUAGCAGCGGGGACGGCCCGGGGUCGGUGUAUGGCCACAGAGUUACAUUGUUCGGACUCCAUGCCCUGUCACAACCAGCAAGUAAACUCUGCCUCAACCCCUAGCCCUGAACCGCUGCGACCUGGCGACCGGAUCCCGGACCAUGCUAGGGGAAACAGCGCCUCCAAGGCCAAGCUGACGCUCCUCGCCUGUGGGCACGCCCAUUCUAGCGAGCUGUGCGAGGAAUCCCCUCAGGCCUGCGGCGGCUCCAACCUCAACUCAGAGGGCAAGAGUAUUAGUGGGGACGGUAGCAACUUUGACGCGCCGGCUGGCGACUCCCUGCUAAAGGACUGCGAACUCUCGCGGCAGAUCGGAGCUCAGCUUAAGCUGCUUCCUAUGAAUGAUCAGAUCAGGGAGCUGCAGACCAUCAUCCGGGACAAGACAGCCAGUAGAGGGGACUUCAUGUUUUCUGCGGAUCGUUUGAUCAGACUCGUUGUGGAAGAGGGAUUGAAUCAGUUGCCAUAUAAAGAAUGCAUGGUGACCACUCCAACAGGGUACAAGUAUGAAGGAGUGAAAUUUGAAAAGGGAAAUUGUGGGGUCAGCAUAAUGAGAAGCGGUGAGGCAAUGGAACAAGGUUUACGAGACUGCUGUCGAUCCAUACGAAUUGGAAAGAUCCUGAUUCAGAGUGAUGAGGAGACACAAAGAGCCAAAGUAUAUUAUGCCAAGUUUCCCCCAGACAUUUACCGGAGAAAAGUUCUUCUGAUGUAUCCAAUUCUCAGCACUGGAAAUACUGUAAUUGAAGCUGUAAAGGUUCUUAUAGAACAUGGAGUUCAACCCAGUGUUAUCAUCCUACUCAGUCUGUUCUCCACUCCUCGUGGUAAGUUCAGUAUGAAGCAAUAACUGGGGUUCCAGAUAGUCAUGAAAUGGGUGCCAAAUCAAUUAUUCAAGAGUUUCCAGAGAUCACAAUUUUAACUACUGAAGUUCAUCCUGUUGCACCUACACAUUUUGGACAGAAAUACUUUGGAACAGACUAAGAUAUUGAAGGAAAAUGAAUUAUCUUGUCUAACAUUACAAUUAUGUUUUGAGUUUCUACUUGUUUUGCUAAUUUGCUUGAGGAAUGGCAGAGAAAAUGUGUUAAAGAUGCUUUUUAGUUUUGGAAGUGGGUAUAUUUAAGAUUUAUCUUGUUUGGUUAUUUCUUGACUGUUGGCACCAAGUUCAACACACACAUAACUCUUAGGGAAGAUGGAAAUUUAAAUAAUAUGCAAUGCAAACUGCUGAACCCUCAGUAUAUUAAUAUUGAUCCCUAAUUUGUGACCCUCUUAGUUUGAAGAUUGCCCACAGGCACAAAUGAAACUAAAAUGAGAGUCAAUUCUUUGUCCCACUAUAGUUUGCAUUUUGUUUAGUUUACCUUUAGCUCUAGGAAAGUUUCAUAUAAGUGCUGAUGUUACCGUUCUCUACUGUUUUCUUCCUGAUACCUUGCAUGCUAGUAACUUAGAGAGAAGAAAAAAAGAAUGCCUCCAGGAAUUUUACAUUUCCAUUAACAUCCUCACUCAUCUGGCAGACCUAGGAUGUAUGAUUGAUUCUGUCAGACCAUUAUGUUCUUCAUGGCUCGUUUCUCAGAAGUGUGCAUUGCUAGUGCAUUGCCAAGUUGUAAUGCAGUGAAAAAGAUGGUGGGGCAUUUUCAGUAACUGUAACUGUAACAUUAAUUUAAAUAGACUCAUAGACUGAACCAGGAAUGGAUGUGAUAAAAGAGAGUCAAGUACUGAUAAUACCAUUAAUCCUUUAGGAAGGAAUUGGUGGUGGGUCUUCUGAGAUGUAGGAGAAAAGGUGGUUUCUUGCUGGGUUUCAUGGCCAAUAAGUAAAUUAAAAUGCUUCAUUUAUAAUUUGGAAGUUUCUACUAGAGACCUUUUAUUUGGAAGUAGUCAUUUUUCAUGUUUGUCAACUGUAGAUGUAUUAAAAUGGAAAAAACGUACCAUGCUUUAAGAAAAACCAAAGAUUUGUAUGUAUUCAUCUAAUACUUUUAAAAGGGAGAGAAACCAUUUUAGAAAUCAGCAUUUAUACAUAUACACCAUGGAAUAUUGCCCAACCAUAAAGAAGGACAAACAUAUGGACUUCAUAGCAACUU